AUGAGUUCUGAUAAACUUUAUUCUAGUAUUAAUUUAAAAAAUGUCGAAAAUUGUUAUAUGCCACCUGAUUUUUUCUUGAUAAAAGAAAAAAUCGAACAUUUUCAAGUAAGAAAUGAUGAUAUUUGGGUUACUUCUUAUCCAAAAGCUGGUACCACAUGGACUCAAGAAAUGGUGUGGUUAAUCGCUAACGAUUUAAAUUAUGAAGGAGCUAAAAUCGAUUUAGAUCUGCGUUUCCCAAUGAUUGAAAUUAAUUGUUUGCCAAAAGUUUUGAUCGAAUUUGGGAAAAAGCACGAUUUAUUUAGUAUCGAACGAUUAAAUAUGCUUCGUUUACCUGACAUCAUAAAAAUCUUAGACGAAAGUAAUGGGCAAAGAUUUAUUAAAACGCAUCUUCCUUGGUAUUUAUUACCGAGACAAAUCAUAGAAGGUUUAAAAACUCCGAAGAUUAUCCACGUAAUGAGAGACCCAAAACAAGUAGCAACAUCUUAUUAUCAUCAUUGCUCAAAUAUUUUUCCAGUAUAUAAAGGUGAUCUCAACACUUUUAUAGAUUUAUAUAUUCAAGGAAAAGUAUUAAUCGGCGAUUACUUUAACGUUGUUUUAAGCUACUGGAAACGACGUAAUUUACCAAACAUACUGUUUUUAACAUAUGAAGAAAUGUAUUCAGAUUUAAAAGGAGUUGUUAAUAAAGUUUCAAAUUUUCUUGGGAAAAGUUACAGCGAAAACGAAAUUGAUGAACUUGUCCAACAUCUCAGCUUUGAUCAGAUGAAAAUAAACAAAGCUGUUAAUAAGGAAAGUGUUGUUCAAACUGAGGACGCUCGAUUUAUGAGAAUCGGGAAAACGGAUAGUUAUAAAACCGAAUUAAACGAAGAAAUGAUUGAUAAAUUAAAUAAAUGGGUUUUGGAGAAUAUGAAAGGAACCAAUUUACCGUAUGAAACAUCUUAA